AUGAGCGCGGCAGGCAUCCAUCGGGGCUUCCUCAGGAAAUACGGGGGCUUCAUGUUUAAGCAGUGGAAGGAGAAGUACCUCGUGCUGACCCUGGAGGGGAGCCUGCUGGUGUGCCGCGACGCAGAGUCCCCCCCGGACCAGGUGGUCGCACUGCAGACCAACUGCGAGUCCAUCGCAGAGGGCCGGGAAAUCCUCGACCUGCCCAGGUUGCCUCCAGGGGGCAGGAGGGACUGCUGCUUCGCCCUCAUCCUGCCGCAGAACAAGUUCCUGCUGCUUCUCACUGAAAACCCAGAGGUCUGCAAUCUGUGGCUGAAUUUGAUCAGGAAAGUGAGAGAGGGCGUCAUGUCACCCCUGACCCUGCAGAGACAGCGCAGCAUCACCCCCUGCAUCACCGACAGAGACCCGCUGCCCGACUCCUCCAGCGACAAAGACCCUGGGUCGCCCAAGGUCAGCGAGGGCACCCCUCCUCUGUCUCGAGUCACGGAGCGGGGAGGCUCCUUCAAAGACGGAGGCCAAAGUCAAGUGGGUGGACCCCGGCGGCCCCUGCGCAGCGUCUCCGGGGCCCCCCCUCACCGCGCGUCGGAUUGCCUUCGCCACGGCAACAGCAGCGACGCCCGGGCGGUGAGGGCGGUGUGCCUGCUGAUGGGAGGGGCGGCGGCCUCCUCCGCCCUGGGCUACCUCAACUCCUGCUCCCCGUCCUCCCCCUUCGCCAGCAGAGCCCCGGAGAUCGCCCACGGCGCGGGGGGCUUCUCCGAGCUCCCCGCGGGAGGCUCCUUCCACGCCUGCAGCCAGGACGUCGACUCCCCCCACUUCAACAGCUUCGACUUCGAGGGGGACUCCGACUUUGAUGCAUUUGACUGUGGAGGAUUUGCUUUUUAG